CCUUUCGAAGGAUGCAGCCUUCACAUUGGGACACAGCUUAUGUAAUGUAACCCCCUUUCCCUGAGCUGUUUGCUAAACAAAGCGAAGAUUUUGCUGUUCUUAGAGUUUGUGAAAAUUGGGACCUAUGAGAUUCUAUGAGGCUCCACAGCUCCUAACAACUUAAAAUUUGUCUGUGCAAACUGUCAACAAACUUAGUCUUGACUACGGCAGCUGGUUUUGUCCAAACAUACUCAGUUCUUUGGCAGCUCUCAGUUCUCUGUUCGAGGUCAGAUCAUGUUCUCAUCACAAACAAACUGCUCCAGAGUUCGUUUGAAAGCGUACCUUGACCACAUCCGCUUUUGGUGCCCAACCUGAGUGCGAUUGCUGCAUUCACAUCUGCCCAAACGAACCGCACCAAGUGGGACAACGAACUCUAGAGCUAUUGAACAAAACUAAAUGAGGCAGGUGUGAAAGCACACUAAGUCUUCUUCUCUGUUUUUAGUGUAUCUCUGUGGAGAAUUAUAGCGCCACUUACUGGUCUGGCAUGUAUACGAGACGUGGUUUUCAGUGGUUUCGUGUGUACGCAGAUAUUUAUUGAGGAGACACCGUGUUUAUGGAAUUUUUUUCAGAAGAAAAAAAAAACAUUGGAUAGGGUAAGCUCUGGCUUUGUGUGGAUGUGGCCUGCCUCUAGUCCUGGUUCCACUCCACGGACCUGGCCCUCCGUCCUACCCCCUGGUCCUCCUCCACUCCACCUCCCUCCUUGACGUAUGGUUGUGUUUGGAACAUCUGGAAGCCGCUCCUUUGAUCUAUGUAUCGAUCAACAGCUGGAGUGCCCAGGAAAUCAACCAGAGGGCACUCCUCCCCAGGACAUUGUCAUUCCACCAUUAACUACAUUUCCCAGAAUCUUUUGCCUGGACGCAUUAUCUCUGAUUAGUUUCAGAUGUUUCUUAUUUUCCCUUAACUUUGUCUAUAUGUCACGGGUCGGAGAGGCCGGACGCCAGAUGACCGGCCGUCCCAACCCCCCGACACACGCGUACCACCACGAGGAGCCAACACCACAGAGGACACAGAGGCAAAGAUUCGGAUGGACGGAGAGGAGUACGGAAUCCACAGCAAAGCUGUCCCUCUUCUCAGGAGCCAGGCCGACAGAAGACAAGAUUCGGAUGGACGGAGAGGAGUACGGAAUCCACAGCAAAGCUGUCCCUCUUCUCAGCAAAGACACAUCACACUUGUGUUCACUUCAAUUCCACAGCCAUAAAUCCUUGUGCAUCAAUAAGGCAAAAGCACUGCAAUUCACUCACACGAUAGGGCUGAUCAGAGGCCUCACUCAGUUUGUUGCACUAGCUUUGAAACACAUAGCUCCUCCAACACACAGAUCCAGUCAAUAG